ACUUCCCAUCCGCAGCCUCAUUCGGAGCUCGUCAUCCAUCCGAGGAGGAGCGAGAGAGACGCUUUCGCGUCGGCACCGAAAUCCGCAAACAAAUAUCUUUGCGCUCACGUCUCGGCGGCGCACAGAGACGCACGCACGCGUGCGCACGCGUAUAUGGACGUAUACGUCGGAGCCGUAGGCACAUAGGAACGUGAGCACAGGGACGGACGGACGGCGGCGUGUGCGGCGAGACGAGAAGAUCACCGGGAGCGCAAUGAGCUCAAGAUGUCCCGUCGAGAAGCCAGCGCUGACCAGGGCAACUAUGAGCGCGGAUCAUCGAUGCCGAUAACUGUCGCGAGCCACACCCAGCACCAUGGAGUCGCAGGUGCCUCCACUGCUCGACUUGUCGGGCCCCUCCUCGUCCCCGUGCGGCGCCGCCUCCACCGCCGCCUCCGCCGCCGCCGCCGAUCCGCCCGCCGAGCUCCGCCCGGCCGAGGCGGUGGUGCUGUGCCUGCUCCUGUCGGCCUCGUGGCUCACGUCCGUCGCGGGCAACGCCCUCGUGUGCCUGGUCAUCCACCGCAGUCGCCGCACCCAGUCCACCACCAACUACUUCGUGGUGUCGGUGGCGUGCUCCGACCUGCUGCUGGCCGGCACGGCCGCGCCCCUCGCGGCGCUGCAGGUGGCGAUGUCGGGACGCUGGGUGGCGGGCGACGGCGUGUGCCGGGUGGCGAGGCUCGCGCUGUACCUGGCGCCGGCCGCCCAGAUCUACGUGCUGCUGUCCAUCUGCCUCGACCGCUUCUACACCAUCGUCUACCCGCUCAGCUUCAAGGUGUCCCGUGAGAAGGCCAAGCGCAUGAUCGGCGCCUCCUGGACCCUCACGGCCGUCCUGGCGUUGCCGGCGUUGUACUUCUACCGCGCGCGGGAGGGCUGGCCGGUGAGCUGCGCGUCGUACCUGCCGUACACUUGGGAGGGACUGCUUUACGGCUGCCUGCUGCUGCUGCUCGCGUUCGUGCUGCCCUGCGUCUUCAUGGUCCUCUUCUACCUGAAAAUCGUCAAGUACAUCUGGAGGAUCGGCUCCAACGGGCGCACGGUGCAGCGCACCAUGAACAGCGUGCCGCGCACGAAGGUCAAAACCAUCAAGAUGUUUCUCAUCCUCAACGCGGUCUUUCUCACUUCGUGGCUGCCCUUCUUCGCGCUCCAGGUCUGGCACCCGGGCGAGGACGAGCGAGCGGGCUCCGCCUCCACGUUCCUCGUCGUCUCGGCCCUGGCGCUCAGCUGCUCGGCCGCCAAGCCGACGCUCUACUGGGUGUACAACUCGAACUUCCGCCGCGGAGUCAAGGAGACGUUCUGCAUGGCGCCCAUGAAGUGCUACCGCAGCAACGCCUACACCAUCACGACGAGCUCGCGCAUCGCCAAGAAGAACCACGUGGGCAUCGUGGACCUGCCCGCGCCCAACAAGACCGUCACCAAGGACACGGUCUACGAGACGUUCGACAGGGACGCCAAGGAGAAGAAACUCGCCUGGCCCAUAAACACAAACUCGCCCAACACGUUCGUAUGACAGCGAUGACGGCGACGACGACGGUGAUGGCGGCGAACUCUGGACACGCCUUCGCUUUGCGCGAUUCAUCUUGCAAGAGGUCACGAUGGUACUUCUCCCGAUGUGACCUGAUGAUCAUUUUGGGUGCAGAUAACGCGCGCAGUCAACAUUUGGUGGUGAUACAUGGUGGAGCCGACAAGUGGGAGAGGACCACGACUUGUAGAUCAGAUGCCGGGCUAUGCACGGAGACCUCCCUUGGUGUCCAGUUUCGUACCAAUGUACAGAUUUGGCGACGUCACCCACCACAGCACAGCCCAUGAUACAAGGGUGACUAAUACCCACUGGACCGAGGGCAUUAUCAUGGCCUCUCUGGCAUCACAAGAGGCAGGCUACUGGAAAACUUGCUCCUAAUUAUUAUGAAUGCUAUGGACACAGUCGAAGAAUGUAAAAUACUGUACAUACGCAUGGCAAUGAAAUACAGGGUGAAAUGAUGCAGGACUUUUUACGUAUGUAAAUGUCACUUGGGAUCACUUUUGUUUCCUCUUUCCCUGAGGCAAGGGGUCUGCCGAUUGCACUCGCCUGCUUUGUUCGUAUGAGUUCGUCAUCACAACGGGGAGAGAGGGUGGGAGGGGGUGCUGCAGUGGCACAUGAAACCAAGCCGUUCCAACGCAAACCAAAGCAGUCAACGGAAUGGACGAACGUAUCGAUUGUUACCAAGUCGAGCUGAAAAAUGGCACGCAGGCUAGAUGUAUUGCGUGCGUAACGGUUGCGCAAAAAAAGCGAAAGCGAUAUUUUUUUGUUUAAAUA